AGACCAGUCGACAAGACCAGUCGACUGUUCGACUCAAGUCGCCACGGACUUGUCCAAUCUCUUUCGCUAGAGGCGGAGUCAUGGUAUUGGCAGCCACGUGCGCCAGAUGAUGAUCGCCAGGAUCAUGCUGCAAGACCGCCAAUCGCACGUGCGGCUGAACAGCACCUCAGAUAGGAGAUAACAUCCACGCAGUGCCACCUCGCCGACCAAACGGAUGACCACCAAUUCCCAGGAAUGUCAUCGGAAACACUCCAGCGGAUACCGGACUGGGUCAAGAUACCCGAAUGGAUCAAGAGGCCAGAAUGGAUCAAGAGGCCCGAAUGGAUCAAGAGGCCUGCCUCGCGGACGACAGAGUCUUCUCAACGUCCAGCCUUGCGAGAAACUGCUUGGCUCGAUGGCCUUCGCGGAGUGGCAGCUUUCCUUGUGGUGAUGAAUCACUACCAUCUGGAGUGGCUGUCCGUGUUCUCUGAUGCUCCGUUCGGCGCGAGGGUGUUGAAAGACUACAAUCCCGAUUACGUCUAUUACUACGAGGAAGGAACGAGGUUCUGGGGCUUCUGGAGACUGCCAAUCCUCCGCUUAUUCACAUCCUCCGGCAACGCGCAGGUCUCCAUAUUCUUCAUUUUGUCGGGCUUCGUCCUGUCUUGGCGGCCAAUCGAACUGGCACGGACGAAUCGCCUGGAAGAGCUGUCUCGCUCGCUCAGUUCAUCCAUUGUGCGACGAUGGUUUCGACUGUAUCUUCCCUGCUUCGUCAUGAUUUGCAUCUACGUGCUCGAGGCGUGGAUCAUGAAGCCACCUGGAGGGCCGACUUCGGAGGAGUUACUCGCGGUCUUUACACACAUCCUGCCCUGGGCCUCUCCAUUCAAGACGGAUUACAUCAUACCGUUGUUCUCCAAUCCACCCAUCAACUAUCCCAUGUGGACUAUACCCUUCGAAUUUAGCGGCUCCAUGUUUGUGUUUGCGUUCAUCCUGGCCUUGAGCACAGUUCAAGACUACCGACGAAGGAUGUGCAUCAUCAUAUUCGUGUCCACGUACGCCUUCUUGGAUACAUUCUGGAACUAUUGGCUUUUUGGAGUCGGCCUUGCUCUUGCAGACUACGUACGCCAGGCAGACGGCUGUGCGAAUCUGUCAAAGCGCAUAACUACUCUGCAGACUCGCGUGUGGGUGGCUGUGUUGGUGACUGGACUUGUGUUGAUGAGUUACAAAAGCUCUUCGGAGGACUUCACAAGGCCCGGGUAUAGCUGGACACAGUAUGUCCCUCUGCCCAGUGGAUAUCGCGCCAACGGGAGUGAAGGUCGCCUCUGGCAAGGAUGGGGUGCCAUCUGCGUCGUCACUAGCUGUUGCCACCUGGCUCCGGCACGAAGGGUGUUGGAGCUCCGCGUUAUCCAAUACAUGGGGAAGAUCAGCUUCAUGUUGUAUCUUUCUCAUCUGCUUGUGAACAGUCUUGUAUCUUUGCCAUUGAAAAAUCGCCUCUACAACGGGAUGUGCUCGAGAUUCACAGACGGGCCGUUCGAAGAUGUCUAUCAGACUUCGGCGAUCUUGAAUGUGCUCAUUUAUCUCAUCCUCCUUCUGGUCAGCGUCCUCAUCGCGGUCUGCCAGGCGCAUGUUCUGGAGUUGGUUGUCGACAGGCCCUGCACGAACUUCGGGAAAUGGAUCAAUGGAAAGGCCGUUCACGGGUUCCGUACAGAGAAGCAAGAGUCGGCAUCUCACGACGACGCAGCUUUGUUACCCCAACAGGAGGCGGAACAGGAGGAGCCGAGAGGAAGUGACUGCGUGUAUCAAGACCGCUGGAAUUCGAUGGACGGUGAUCACGAGAUCGAGCAGCUGCGGAAGACUGAGGCAGCUGAGGAGGUUGGAGCUGAUACUUAUGACGAACUUGGAAAGAAAGACGAUGAUGACCUGAGUGAUGUCGAUGAAGGGGAAAGACUGAUUGGAGAGGAGGAUGACAAUGCAGACCAGAGCGACUCACGAGCUCGAUGAACACUUCCGUGGCAGUUCGAUAUGCCCCAGGCUUGUACAUACACUGUAUGAUCAUCAGGCGUCAGAUGGGAGCCUGGACUUGAUACACCAUUGCGCACUUCUCCCGGCCCACUUUCGUCGCAAGGCUUACAACCAGACCUCCUCUCCGCGCGAUGACGGAUUCCGUGGCAACAAAGAAGUCUCGUCGUCUCCCGCACAAAUCAUCCGAGGCUCUGAUU